UGGUAAUUUCCAAGAAAUUUACUCAUUCAUAAAGUUUACUAUCUCAUUUCGCUAUUAAUCAUAAUAUGCAGCCGGACAAAGUGAGGAAUGUUUUGGAUAAAGAAGGCUUUUGAGAUCAAAAUAUAGCAGUAGCAGAUCAUGUCGGCCUUGAGCAUCUCCGCGUAUUUCUUGUUGUUUUGCUUCCUCUUUUUCUUUAGCACGAGAAGGGUUAGCCUCGUGAAUCUUAUUUAUUAUUCCUGCCCAAAUACAACUACUUACAGUCCUAAUAGCACCUAUCAGUCCAACUUAAAUCAACUUCUCCUUACUUUAUCCUUAAAUGCUCCCCACGAGAAUGGAUACUAUAACUACUCUGUUGGCCACAGCCCUCCGGACACAAUCUAUGGUUUCUUUCUAUGUAGAGGUGACGUUAACAUCGAUGUCUGUGAGAAAUGUGUGGAAGAUGCUACAACUAUAAUCUUACAACGUUGUCCCAACCGAAAAGAGGCAACAAUUUGGUAUGAUGAAUGCAUGUUAUGGUACUCGAAUCUAUCCAUAUUCUCCAGAGUCGAUUUGUCAUCUAAGUUAAUCAUGCGUAAUACUCAGAAUUUCAGUGGUGAUCGAUAUAAUUUCAUCUAUGUAUUAGUAGAUACGAUGAAUAAGGUAGUAGUUCAGGUUGCUAAUAAAUUGUUUCGCAAGAAAUUUGCUACCAAAGAUGCUGACUUGACGGCAUCUGUGAAGUUGUACACCCUGGCACAGUGCAGACCUGAUCUCUCUAGUGAAGAUUGUCACUUCUGCCUUUCAAAUGCCACCUCCAUCUUACCAAAAUGUUGUGAAUAUACGCAAGGAGCAAGGGUCAUUUCCUCUAGCUGCAAUAUUAGGUAUGAGAUUUACCACUUCUACAACGCCACAACCGUCCCUGCACCUGCACCUGCACCUGCACCUGCGCCUAAUAACAAACAAGGAAAAAGGGGAAUCUCAAGACAAGUUAUUAUUGCUAUAGUUGUUCCAAUUGUCGUUGUUUCCUUAGUGGUCUUGCUGGUAGGCUUACGUUUCUUGACUGGGAGAACGAUGAAGAAGAAACAAUAUGGUAGUAUAAAGGAGAGAAAUGAAUCUCAAAUGACGGCAAACGAGAGCAAAAUGCAAACCUAAUUUCUCCAAUUUUGACUUCUCCAUUUCCCUUUCGUCUCUGCCUUUCACAUUCGGACGCCCGCUGCUCUGUCUCAGUCGCCGACUCUCUUAUUGUCUGGCCAAAUCGCCGUCAUCGAUCGUCGGGGAGAUCGGUCGUAGUUGCUACGUCGAGUUACCGGCUUUGAAGAUUUUGGAAAUCUGCGUGUCAGUUAUUUCUUGCCGCCGACGGUUUCCCACAGCCUCUUCGGUCUCUGGCACUGGCCCACUGCACCGUGUUUGUGACAACAGACUCCGUGAGUCCGUGACUCGUGAGCUUCCUGCCUCUCUCUCU